AGUCUUGUCCAGUGGUGACACUCUUCACUAGCCAUUUUGUACAUCAGGAGGGUUCUCUGUUAAACCGCAGCCAUGUCUUCAGAUGCUGAGAUGGCUGCCUUUGGGAUAGCGGCCCCUUAUCUCCGCAAGUCAGAAAAGGAGAGAAUUGAGGCUCAGAAUAAGCCCUUUGAUGCCAAGACAUCAGUCUUUGUGGUGGACCCUAAGAUCUCCUUUAUAAAAGGCACUGUCCAGAGCAGGGAGGCAGGGAAGGUCACAGUCAAGAAAGAAGGUGGAGAUACUGUGACUGUUAAGGAUGACCAAAUCUUUCCUAUGAAUCCUCCCAAAUAUGACAAAAUUGAGGACAUGGCCAUGAUGACCCACCUGCAUGAACCUGCUGUCCUGUAUAACCUCAAAGAGCGUUAUGCAGCCUGGAUGAUCUAUACCUACUCCGGUCUCUUCUGUGUCACUGUCAACCCCUACAAGUGGCUGCCAGUGUAUAACCCCGAGGUGGUAACUGCCUACAGGGGCAAGAAACGUCAGGAGGCUCCUCCCCACAUCUUCUCCAUCUCUGACAACGCGUAUCAGUUCAUGUUAACUGAUCGUGAGAAUCAGUCAAUCCUGAUCACUGGAGAAUCUGGUGCUGGAAAGACUGUGAACACGAAACGUGUCAUUCAGUACUUUGCAACAAUUGCAACCACAGGUGACAAGAAAAAGGAAGAACCACAGCAAACCGGCAAGCUAAAGGGGACCCUUGAAGAUCAAAUCAUCAGUGCCAACCCCUUGUUGGAGGCCUUUGGAAAUGCCAAGACUGUGAGGAAUGACAACUCCUCCCGUUUUGGUAAAUUCAUCAGAAUCCAUUUUGGUGCCACAGGCAAACUGGCUUCUGCUGACAUUGAGACAUAUUUGCUGGAGAAAUCCAGAGUUACUUUUCAGCUAAAAGCUGAAAGGAGCUACCACAUCUUUUACCAGAUCAUGUCUAACAAGAAGCCAGAACUGAUUGAAAUGCUCUUGAUCACCACCAACCCUUAUGACUACCACUUUGUCAGUCAAGGGGAGAUCACUGUUGCCAGCAUUAAUGAUCAGGAAGAGCUGAUGGCAACUGAUGAAGCCAUUGACAUCUUGGGCUUCACUGCUGAAGAGAAGACAGCCAUUUACAAGCUGACAGGAGCUGUGAUGCAUUACGGGAACAUGAAGUUCAAGCAGAAGCAGCGUGAGGAGCAGGCUGAACCAGAUGGCACUGAAGUUGCUGACAAGGCAGCUUACCUUAUGAACCUGAAUUCAGCGGAUUUGCUGAAAGCUCUAUGCUACCCCAGGGUCAAGGUCGGCAAUGAAUAUGUCACCAAAGGCCAAACUGUCCAGCAGGUUUACAACAAUGUUGGCGCUUUGGCUAAAGCUGUUUAUGAAAAGAUGUUCUUGUGGAUGGUCGUUCGUAUUAACCAGCAGCUGGACACCAAGCAACCCAGGCAAUACUUUAUUGGUGUGCUGGACAUUGCUGGCUUUGAAAUUUUUGAUUACAACAGCUUAGAGCAGCUGUGUAUCAACUUCACCAAUGAGAAACUGCAACAGUUUUUCAACCACCACAUGUUUGUGCUGGAGCAAGAGGAGUACAAGAAAGAAGGAAUUGAAUGGGAAUUUAUUGACUUUGGAAUGGACUUGGCUGCCUGCAUUGAACUUAUUGAGAAGCCCAUGGGCAUUUUCUCCAUCCUGGAAGAAGAGUGCAUGUUCCCCAAGGCAACAGACACUUCUUUCAAGAACAAGCUCUAUGACCAGCAUCUUGGCAAGAGCAACAACUUCCAGAAACCCAAGCCUGCCAAAGGCAAGGCUGAGGCCCACUUUGCCCUGGUGCAUUAUGCUGGCACGGUGGACUACAACAUCACUGGCUGGCUGGAGAAGAACAAGGACCCCCUCAAUGAUACCGUGGUGGGGCUGUAUCAGAAAUCAUCCAUGAAGACUCUAGCUCUACUGUUUGCUGAUCGUCCUGCAGAUGCAGAGGGUAGUGGUGGUAAGAAGGCUGCCAAGAAGAAGGGUUCUUCCUUCCAGACUGUGUCUGCUCUUUUCAGGGAGAACUUAAACAAGCUGAUGACCAAUCUGAGGAGUACUCAUCCACACUUUGUGCGCUGUAUUAUUCCCAAUGAAACCAAAACACCUGGUGCCAUGGAACAUGAGCUUGUGUUGCAUCAGCUGAGAUGCAAUGGGGUAUUAGAAGGCAUUCGCAUUUGCAGAAAAGGAUUUCCCAGUAGGAUCAUUUAUGGUGAUUUCAAGCAGAGAUAUAAAGUUUUAAAUGCAAGUGCAAUUCCAGAAGGCCAGUUCAUUGAUAGCAAGAAAGCUUCAGAGAAGCUUCUUGGCUCCAUUGAUGUUGAUCACACACAGUAUAAAUUUGGACAUACCAAGGUGUUCUUCAAAGCUGGUCUUUUGGGUCUUCUGGAGGAAAUGAGAGAUGACAAGUUGGCGCACCUGAUAACACGCACACAGGCUAUGUGCCGUGGAUUCUUAGCAAGGGCGGAAUACCAGAAAAUGUUGGCAAGGAGAGAGGCCAUAUUUUCUAUUCAGUACAAUAUCCGCUCAUUCAUGAAUGUCAAACACUGGCCAUGGAUGAAGUUGUUCUUCAAGAUAAAGCCUCUGCUGAAGAGUGCCGAGUCAGAAAAGGAGAUGGCCAACAUGAAAGAAGAGUUUGCAAAAACAAAAGACGAGCUUGCAAAAUCAGAGGCUAAACGGAAGGAACUUGAAGAAAAAAUGGUGUCCCUGAUGCAAGAGAAGAAUGACUUGCAGCUCCAAGUCCAGUCUGAAGCUGAUGGCUUGGCAGAUGCUGAGGAGAGAUGUGAUCAGUUGAUCAAAACCAAAAUCCAGCUGGAAGCUAAAAUUAAGGAGCUGACUGAAAGGGCAGAAGAUGAAGAGGAAAUGAAUGCUGAGUUAACAGCGAAAAAGAGAAAACUGGAAGAUGAAUGCUCAGAGCUGAAGAAAGAUAUUGAUGACCUUGAGCUAACACUGGCCAAAGUUGAAAAAGAAAAGCAUGCUACAGAAAACAAGGUGAAAAAUCUCACUGAGGAGAUGGCAGUCUUGGAUGAGACAAUUGCCAAACUGACCAAGGAGAAGAAAGCUCUCCAAGAGGCUCACCAACAGACCCUGGAUGAUCUGCAGUCAGAAGAGGACAAAGUGAAUACUCUGACCAAAGCCAAGACCAAGCUGGAGCAGCAAGUGGACGAUCUUGAAGGGUCCCUGGAGCAAGAGAAGAAGCUUCGUAUGGACCUUGAAAGAGCCAAGAGGAAGCUUGAAGGAGAUCUGAAGCUGUCCCAGGAAUCCUUAAUGGAUUUGGAAAAUGAUAAGCAACAGCUGGAUGAGAAACUUAAGAAGAAAGACUUUGAAAUCAGCCAACUCCAAAGCAAAAUUGAAGAUGAACAGGUCUUGGGCUCCCAGCUUCAGAAGAAAAUCAAGGAGUUGCAGGCCCGUAUUGAAGAACUGGAGGAAGAAAUUGAGGCUGAGCGGGCAUCUCGGGCCAAAGCAGAAAAGCAACGGUCUGAUCUCUCCAGGGAACUUGAAGAGAUCAGUGAGCGUCUGGAGGAAGCUGGUGGGGCAACCGCAGCCCAGAUUGAGAUGAACAAGAAACGUGAGGCAGAAUUCCAGAAGAUGCGUCGGGACCUUGAAGAGGCCACCCUGCAGAAUGAAGCCACAACAGCCGCCCUCCGCAAGAAGCAUGCAGACAGUACAGCUGAACUUGGAGAACAAAUUGAUAAUUUGCAACGUGUCAAGCAAAAAUUGGAGAAGGAAAAGAGUGAGCUGAAGAUGGAGAUUGAUGACCUUGCUAGCAAUAUGGAGUCUGUCUCCAAGGCCAAGGCCAACCUUGAAAAGAUGUGCCGUACCCUUGAAGAUCAGGUCAGUGAGCUUAAAACAAAGGAUGAAGAGCAGCAACGUACUAUUAAUGACUUGAAUGCUCAAAGAGCCCGUCUGCAGACAGAAUCAGGUGAAUACUCACGUCAAGUAGAUGAAAAAGACGCUUUAAUAUCCCAGUUAACUAGAGGCAAACAAGCUUUUACUCAACAAAUCGAAGAACUGAAGAGACAACUUGAGGAAGAGAUUAAGGCAAAAAAUGCACUGGCACAUGGUCUGCAAUCUGCGCGCCAUGAUUGUGACCUCCUUCGAGAACAGUAUGAAGAGGAGCAAGAGGCCAAGGCUGAGCUUCAACGUGCCAUGUCCAAAGCUAACAGUGAAGUUGCCCAGUGGAGAACCAAAUAUGAGACUGAUGCCAUUCAGCGCACUGAGGAACUUGAAGAAGCCAAAAAAAAGCUUGCCCAGCGUUUGCAGGAUGCUGAGGAACAUGUAGAAGCUGUCAAUUCCAAAUGUGCUUCCCUUGAGAAGACAAAACAGAGGUUGCAGAAUGAAGUGGAGGACCUAAUGAUUGAUGUGGAGAGGUCCAAUGCAGCUUGUGCAGCUCUAGAUAAAAAACAGAAGAACUUUGAUAAGAUUCUGGCAGACUGGAAACAGAAAUAUGAAGAAACACAGUCUGAACUGGAAGGUGCACAGAAGGAGUCUCGCUCUCUCAGCACAGAGCUCUUUAAGAUGAAGAAUGCUUAUGAGGAAUCCUUGGAUCACCUGGAAACUCUGAAACGCGAGAACAAAAACUUGCAGCAGGAGAUUUCUGACCUUACGGAGCAAGUUGCUGAAAGUGGAAAAGCCAUCCAUGAACUGGAAAAAGUGAAGAAGCAGAUUGAACAAGAGAAAAUUGAUCUCCAGACUGCUCUGGAGGAAGCUGAGGCCUCACUGGAACAUGAGGAAGGCAAAAUCCUCCGCAUCCAACUGGAGCUCAACCAGGUGAAGGCUGAUAUUGAUAGAAGAAUUGCAGAGAAGGAUGAAGAGAUUGAUCAGCUGAAGAGGAAUCACCUCAGAGUAGUGGAGUCCAUGCAGAGCACACUGGAUGCUGAGAUCAGGAGCAGAAACGAUGCUCUGCGACUUAAGAAGAAGAUGGAGGGAGAUCUGAAUGAAAUGGAAAUCCAGUUGAGCCAUGCCAACCGCCAAGCUGCCGAGACGUUGAAGAACCUCAGAAAUACACAAGGGAUUCUCAAAGAUACACAAUUGCAUUUGGAUGAUGCUCUGAGGAGCCAGGAAGACCUGAAGGAGCAAGUGGCCAUGAUUGAGCGCAGAGCUAACUUGAUGCUGGCUGAGAUUGAGGAGCUCCGGGCAGCUCUGGAACAGACAGAGAGGGGCAGGAAAGUGGCUGAACAGGAGCUUCUAGAUGCCACUGAGCGUGUGCAACUCCUCCACACACAAAAUACUAGUCUAAUCAACACCAAGAAGAAGCUGGAAACGGAUAUUGCCCAAAUUCAGAGUGAAGUGGAGGAGACAAUUCAGGAAGCCCGCAAUGCAGAAGAAAAAGCCAAGAAGGCAAUCACUGAUGCAGCCAUGAUGGCAGAGGAGUUAAAGAAGGAACAAGAUACUAGUGCACAUUUAGAAAGGAUGAAGAAGAAUCUGGACCAGACUGUGAAGGAUCUUCAACACCGUCUCGAUGAAGCAGAGCAGCUGGCACUGAAAGGCGGGAAGAAACAGAUCCAGAAACUGGAAGCUAGAGUUCGUGAGCUGGAAGGUGAGUGUGAGAACGAACAAAGGCGUAGUGCAGAGGCUAUCAAAGGUGUCCGGAAGUAUGAGAGAAGAGUGAAGGAAAUGACCUAUCAGGCUGAGGAAGACCGGAAGAAUAUAGUCAGGCUUCAGGAUCUGGUGGAUAAACUACAACUUAAAGUGAAAGCAUACAAGCGACAAUCUGAGGAAGCUGAGGAACAGUCCAAUGCGAACCUUUCCAAGUUCCGCAAGAUGCAGCAUGAGCUGGAAGAGGCCGAAGAGCGGGCUGACAUUGCUGAGUCCCAAGUUAACAAACUCAGAGUGAAGUCCCGAGAAGUGCAUAAGAAGGUUGUUGUAACCAUGUCAUCAGACGCUGAGAUGGCCGUUUUUGGGCCAGCUGCUCCUUACCUUCGAAAAUCAGAAAAGGAAAGAAUUGAAGCUCAAAAUAAACCUUUUGAUGCCAAGAACGCGGUUUUUGUGGUGGAACCUAAGGAGUCCUAUGUCAAAGGCACCGUCCAAAGCAGGGAAGGAGGGAAAGUCACAGUCAAGACUGAAAAAGGAGCUUCUAUAACAGUAAAAGAAGAUCAAGUCUUUUCCAUGAAUCCUCCCAAAUAUGACAAAAUUGAGGACAUGGCCAUGAUGACCCACCUCCAUGAACCUGCAGUGUUGUAUAACCUCAAAGAGCGUUAUGCAGCCUGGAUGAUCUAUACCUAUUCUGGCCUCUUCUGUGUCACUGUCAACCCCUACAAGUGGCUGCCAGUGUACAACCCUGAGGUGGUAUCUGCCUACAGGGGCAAGAAGCGACAAGAGGCUCCUCCCCACAUCUUCUCCAUCUCUGAUAACGCGUAUCAGUUCAUGUUAACUGAUCGUGAGAACCAGUCUAUUCUGAUCACUGGAGAAUCUGGUGCUGGAAAGACUGUGAACACGAAACGUGUCAUUCAGUACUUUGCAACCAUUGCAACCACAGGUGAAAAGAAAAAGGAAGAAGCCCCAGCUAGCCAAAGUAAAAUGCAGGGAACACUUGAGGAUCAAAUCAUCAGUGCAAACCCUUUGCUGGAAGCCUUUGGAAAUGCCAAGACUGUGAGGAAUGACAACUCCUCCCGUUUUGGUAAAUUCAUCAGAAUUCAUUUUGGUGCCACAGGCAAACUGGCUUCCGCUGACAUUGAGACAUAUCUGCUGGAGAAAUCCAGAGUUACUUUCCAGCUAAAAGCUGAAAGGAGCUACCACAUCUUUUAUCAGAUUAUGUCCAACAAGAAGCCAGAACUGAUUGAAAUGCUCUUGAUCACCACCAAUCCUUAUGACUUCCAGUUUGUCAGUCAGGGGGAGAUUACUGUUGCCAGCAUUAAUGAUCAGGAAGAGCUGAUGGCAACUGAUGAAGCCAUUGACAUCUUGGGCUUCACUCCUGAUGAAAAGACUGCCAUUUACAAGCUGACAGGAGCUGUGAUGCACUACGGGAACAUGAAGUUCAAGCAGAAGCAGCGUGAGGAGCAGGCUGAGCCAGAUGGCACUGAAGUUGCUGACAAGGCAGCCUACCUCAUGAACCUGAAUUCAGCAGAUCUGCUAAAAGCUCUGUGCUACCCCAGGGUCAAGGUCGGCAAUGAAUAUGUCACCAAAGGUCAAACUGUCCAGCAGGUUAACAACAAUGUUGGCGCUUUGGCUAAAGCUGUCUUUGAGAAGAUGUUCUUGUGGAUGGUUGUUCGUAUUAAUCAGCAACUGGAUACUAAGCAACCAAGACAGUACUUCAUUGGAGUGCUGGACAUUGCUGGCUUUGAGAUCUUUGAUUACAACAGCUUGGAGCAGCUCUGCAUCAACUUCACCAAUGAGAAACUGCAACAGUUUUUCAACCACCACAUGUUUGUGCUGGAGCAAGAGGAGUACAAGAAAGAAGGAAUUGAAUGGGAGUUCAUUGACUUUGGAAUGGAUUUGGCUGCCUGCAUUGAACUCAUUGAGAAGCCUAUGGGCAUUUUCUCCAUCCUGGAAGAAGAGUGCAUGUUCCCCAAGGCAACAGACACCUCUUUCAAGAACAAGCUCUAUGACCAGCAUCUUGGCAAAAGCAACAACUUCCAGAAACCCAAGCCUGCCAAAGGCAAGGCUGAGGCCCACUUUGCCCUGGUGCACUAUGCUGGCACUGUGGACUACAACAUCACUGGCUGGCUGGACAAGAACAAGGACCCCCUCAAUGAAACCGUUGUGGGGCUGUAUCAGAAGUCUUCAAUGAAGGUUUUGGCUUUACUGUUUGCUGAUCGUCCUGCAGAAGAAGGGAAGAAAGCUGCUAAAAAGAAGGGUUCUUCCUUCCAGACGGUGUCUGCUCUUUUCAGGGAGAAUUUAAAUAAGCUAAUGACCAAUUUGAGAAGCACUCACCCACAUUUUGUGCGCUGCCUCAUCCCCAAUGAAACUAAAACCCCAGGUGCCAUGGAACAUGAGCUUGUAUUGCACCAACUGAGGUGUAAUGGAGUGCUGGAAGGUAUCCGAAUUUGCAGAAAGGGAUUCCCUAGCAGGAUCAUUUAUGGUGAUUUCAAACAGAGAUACAGAGUACUAAAUGCUAGUGCCAUUCCAGAGGGGCAGUUCAUGGAUAGCAAGAAGGCUUCUGAGAAGCUUCUUGGAUCCAUUGAUGUUGACCAUAGUCAGUAUAAAUUUGGACACACCAAGGUGUUCUUCAAAGCUGGUCUUUUGGGUACUCUGGAGGAGAUGAGAGAUGACAAACUGGCCCAAUUGAUUACACGUACACAAGCCGUGUGUCGUGGUUACUUAGCAAGAUUGGAGUUCCAGAAAAUGAUGCAACGAAGAGAGUCCAUAUUUUCUAUUCAGUACAAUAUCCGCUCAUUCAUGAAUGUCAAACACUGGCCAUGGAUGAAGCUGUACUUCAAGAUAAAGCCUCUGCUGAAGAGUGCUGAGUCUGAGAAGGAGAUGGCCAAUAUGAAAGAAGAGUUUGAGAAAACAAAAGAAGACCUUGCAAAAUCAGAGGCCAAACGGAAGGAACUUGAAGAAAAAAUGGUGUCCCUGAUGCAAGAGAAGAAUGACUUGCAGCUCCAAGUCCAGUCUGAAUCUGAUGGCUUAGCAGAUGCUGAAGAGAGAUGCGAUCAGUUGAUUAAGGCCAAAAUUCAGCUGGAAGCUAAAAUUAAGGAGCUGACUGAAAGGGCAGAAGAUGAAGAGGAAAUGAAUGCUGAAUUGACAGCCAAAAAGAGGAAACUAGAAGAUGAAUGCUCAGAGCUGAAGAAAGACAUUGAUGAUCUUGAGCUAACACUGGCUAAAGUUGAAAAGGAAAAGCACGCCACAGAAAACAAGGUGAAAAAUCUCACUGAGGAGAUGGCAGUCUUGGAUGAGAGCAUUGCUAAACUGACCAAGGAGAAGAAAGCCCUCCAAGAGGCUCACCAACAGACCCUGGAUGAUCUGCAGGCAGAGGAAGACAAAGUGAAUACUCUGACCAAGGCCAAGACAAAGCUGGAGCAGCAAGUGGAUGAUCUUGAAGGGUCCCUGGAGCAAGAGAAGAAGCUUCGUAUGGACCUUGAAAGAGCCAAGAGGAAGCUUGAAGGAGAUCUGAAAUUGGCCCAGGAAUCCACAAUGGAUUUGGAAAAUGAUAAGCAACAGUUGGAUGAGAAGCUUAAGAAGAAAGACUUUGAAAUCAGCCAACUCCAAAGCAAAAUUGAAGAUGAACAGGUCUUGGGCUCCCAGCUUCAGAAGAAAAUCAAGGAGUUGCAGGCCCGUAUUGAAGAACUGGAGGAAGAGAUUGAGGCUGAGCGGGCAUCUCGGGCCAAAGCAGAAAAGCAACGGUCUGAUCUCUCCAGGGAACUUGAAGAGAUUAGUGAGCGUCUGGAGGAAGCUGGUGGGGCAACCGCAGCCCAAAUUGAGAUGAACAAAAAACGUGAGGCAGAAUUCCAGAAGAUGCGUCGGGACCUUGAAGAGGCCACCCUGCAACAUGAAGCUACUUCAGCUGCUCUCCGCAAGAAGCAUGCAGACAGUACAGCUGAACUUGGGGAGCAAAUUGAUAACCUCCAACGUGUCAAACAGAAGCUGGAGAAGGAAAAGAGUGAGCUGAAGAUGGAGAUUGAUGACCUUGCUAGCAAUAUGGAAACUGUGUCAAAAGCUAAGGCAAAUCUUGAGAAAAUGUGCCGCACUUUAGAGGAUCAGCUCAGUGAAAUCAAAACAAAAGAAGAAGAGCAUCAGCGCACUAUUAAUGACCUGACUGCUCAAAGAGCUCGUCUGCAGACAGAAACAGGUGAAUAUUCACGUCAAGUAGAGGAAAAAGAUUCAUUGAUUUCUCAGCUGACAAGAGGAAAACAAGCAUUUACUCAGCAGAUUGAGGAACUAAAGAGACAGCUUGAGGAAGAGAUAAAGGCUAAGAAUGCCUUGGCCCAUGGCUUGCAAUCUGCUCGCCAUGAUUGUGACUUGCUCCGAGAGCAAUAUGAAGAGGAACAAGAAGCUAAGGCUGAGCUCCAACGUGCCAUGUCCAAGGCAAACAGUGAAGUUGCCCAAUGGAGGACCAAAUAUGAGACUGAUGCGAUUCAGCGCACUGAGGAACUUGAGGAAGCCAAGAAAAAGCUUGCCCAGCGUCUACAAGAUGCUGAGGAACACGUAGAAGCUGUGAAUUCCAAAUGCGCUUCCCUUGAAAAGACAAAACAGAGGCUGCAAAAUGAAGUGGAGGACCUGAUGAUUGAUGUAGAAAGAUCCAAUGCAGCCUGUGCAGCUCUAGACAAGAAACAGAAGAACUUUGAUAAGAUUCUGGCAGAUUGGAAACAGAAAUUUGAGGAAACUCAGUCUGAAUUAGAAGCUUCACAGAAGGAGUCUCGCUCACUCAGCACAGAGCUCUUUAAGAUGAAGAAUGCUUAUGAGGAAUCCUUGGAUCACCUGGAAACUCUGAAGCGCGAGAACAAGAAUCUUCAACAGGAGAUAUCUGACCUUACGGAACAGAUUGCUGAAGCAGGAAAGGCUGUCCAUGAAUUGGAGAAAGUGAAGAAGCAGAUUGAACAGGAGAAAUCUGAAAUACAGGCAGCUCUAGAAGAAGCUGAGGCCUCACUGGAACACGAGGAAGGUAAAAUCCUCCGCAUCCAAUUGGAGCUCAACCAGGUAAAGGCUGAUAUUGAUAGAAGAAUUGCAGAGAAGGAUGAAGAAAUUGAUCAGCUGAAGAGGAAUCACCUGAGAGUAGUGGAGUCCAUGCAGAGCACACUGGAUGCUGAGAUCAGGAGCAGAAAUGAUGCUCUGCGUCUUAAGAAGAAGAUGGAGGGAGAUCUGAACGAAAUGGAAAUCCAGUUGAGCCAUGCCAACCGUCAAGCUGCUGAGGCACAGAAGAAUUUCAGAAACACACAAGGAAUUCUUAAGGACACACAACUGCAUUUGGAUGAUGCCCUCCGAGGUCAAGAGGAUCUCAAAGAACAAGUGGCCAUGAUUGAGCGCAGAGCUAACCUGAUGCAGGCUGAGAUCGAGGAGCUUCGAGCAGCUUUGGAACAGACAGAGAGGGGCAGGAAAGUGGCUGAACAGGAGCUUCUGGAUGCAAGUGAGCGUGUGCAACUCCUCCACACACAGAAUACCAGCUUGAUUAACACCAAGAAGAAGUUGGAAACAGACAUUGCCCAGAUCCAGAGUGAAGUGGAAGAGACUAUUCAGGAAGCCCGCAAUGCAGAGGAGAAAGCCAAGAAGGCUAUCACUGAUGCAGCCAUGAUGGCUGAGGAACUCAAGAAGGAGCAAGACACUAGUGCCCAUCUGGAGAGGAUGAAGAAGAACCUGGACCAGACUGUGAAGGAUCUCCAGCAUCGUCUGGAUGAGGCAGAACAGCUAGCACUGAAGGGAGGAAAGAAGCAGUUGCAGAAACUGGAGCAGAGAGUGCGUGAGUUGGAAGGUGAAGUAGAGAAUGAGCAGAAGCGCAGUGCUGAGGCUAUAAAGGGUGUUCGUAAAUAUGAGAGGAGAGUAAAGGAACUCACCUACCAGUCUGAGGAAGAUCGGAAGAAUGUUUUGAGGCUUCAGGAUCUGGUGGACAAACUGCAGUUGAAAGUGAAAGCAUACAAGAGGCAAUCUGAGGAGUCUGAGGAACUAUCCAACGUGAAUCUUUCUAAGUUCCGCAAGAUUCAGCAUGAGCUGGAACAGGCUGAGGAGCGGGCUGAUAUUGCGGAGUCCCAAGUGAACAAACUCAGGGUAAAGAGCCGAGAAGUGCAUAAGAAAGUUGUUGUAAGUGAAGAAUAAGGCAUCCUAGAAGAUCCACAGUGACUGAAGAAAAGCACAAAAUGUGAAAUUCUUUGUCACUUCUUCUGUAUUGUUUCCCUUCAGUUUCUAGAAAAUAAAGUCUGUAGAUUCCUUGGCAAACAAAAAA